ACCCCCUUCGGCCCCUCCCCCGAGUGUGGGACCCCCCCGUUAAUGGGGGAGGGGUGCUGGCCCCCUUUGGGGGAGGCGGGGGGGGGGCGCGGAUUGCGCGUCUCUCUUGGCAGCAAACAGUUGCAGCAAAAGGGUUUUUCUUUUGCUCCUGCGAUGUUUUGCAAAGGGCAUUUUAUUUCUGCAGGGCAUUUUGCACCGUCGUGGCCGCGCUAGUGCAGAGUCCUGUGUUGACUGGACAUAUUGCACUUGCUGGCACCUGUCUGCUUAUGCAGAUCUCUGCAUUUCCUUCCUUCCUCCAUUGGUCGGGAUUUCGGUUGUCGGGAUUUCGGGCAGCAUUUGGGGUCCUUUUUUUUUUUUGCGUCGGUCUGGGGGAUUCUGGGGCGCUUCCUUCCCUCCCUCAUCUGCCCCGACAAGCUUUUUAUCCUGGGGCUGACUGGUGAUGUUUCGCCCGGUCUCCUCUGGUUUAUUUCAGAUUUCUUCGCAAAGACAGUCGUGCCCACAGGAGGGGCAGGCUGAUUUCUGUGCAUUUCAUUUCUUUCUCUGUUUCUCUGCUCACCAUUGGAUUCGUGUCCUGGAGGAAGGAGGCGCUCUCCGUACACGUGCAAACCACUGACUUUGGGGACUCAACAUUGCACCCUGCUGUACCCCUUGACGCCAUGAACACAGCCCAGGGCACGGUGGGCAGCGACCCAGUGAUCCUGGCCACCGCAGGCUACGACCACACGGUUCGGUUCUGGCAGGCCCACAGCGGGAUAUGCACCCGAACUGUCCAGCACCAGGACUCUCAGGUGAAUGCCCUGGAGAUCACACCAGACCGUAGCAUGAUAGCGGCUGCAGGCUACCAGCACAUUCGGAUGUACGACUUGAACUCCAACAACCCAAACCCGGUGAUCAACUACGACGGCGUGAGCAAGAACAUAACGUCUGUGGGGUUCCAUGAAGACGGCCGCUGGAUGUACACGGGAGGCGAAGACUGCAUGGCUCGCAUCUGGGACCUCCGAUCGCGCAACCUGCAGUGCCAGCGCAUCUUCCAAGUGAACGCGCCCAUCAACUGCGUCUGCCUGCACCCAAAUCAGGCAGAACUGAUUGUGGGGGACCAGAGCGGAGCCAUUCACAUCUGGGACUUGAAAACAGACCACAACGAGCAGCUCAUCCCGGAGCCGGAAGUCUCCGUCAACUCCGUACACAUCGACCCUGACGCCAGCUACAUGGCAGCCGUCAACAGCUCAGGCAACUGUUACGUGUGGAACUUAACGGGAGGCAUUGGAGCAUCGGUGGUGCAUUCCUAACUCAUCCUAAAGACCAAAGAUUCCCAAGCGACACAACCAAGUUAUAGCGCCUUCCCAAAGUGCAAGUUCAGCCCAGACUGCAGCCUCCUGGCUACUUGCUCCGCUGACCAGACCUGCAAGAUCUGGAAGACGUCCAACUUCUCCCUGAUGACAGAGUUGAGCAUCAAGAGCAACAACCCGGGGGAGACCUCCCGUGGCUGGAUGUGGGACUGCGCCUUCUCAGGAGACUCCCAGUACAUUGUCACUGCCUCCUCUGAUAAUCUGGCCAGACUGUGGUGCGUGGAGACGGGGGAGAUCAAGAGGGAGUACAGUGGCCACCAGAAGGCCGUCGUCUGCCUGGCUUUCAACGACAGCGUGCUGGGCUGAAUAGCACCUGCUGGGACCCCCAGAACUGGGCUUAUCAGCCUUGGGUGAAAACUUGGAGCCAGGAUAUACCUGCGGCUGCUAACAGGAAGAGGCAGCGAGCAGCGGUUGCAUCUCUUCUCCCGUGAGAGGAGGGAGGCUCACCCUGACAGGGACCCCACCAGGAAUUGGUGGAGACGUUUCGUUUGUUGGUUUUGUCGCCUGCCACAAUUACACACCGACAAAGCAGCACUCUGUCUGAAGUGCUUGGAAGGCUGUUUUGCUCUUCACUUGAGUCGCCUGUGGGCCACGAAUAAUAAAAGAUGCCUGAAAUAAACACAGCCCUGUUGGAACAAGA